CGCGCGCUGGAUGGCGCUGGAUGGCGCUGCGGGAUGUUUCGGAAUUUUUUUAAGGGUUGAGAUUUUUUUUUUCCGCCUACAGGUUUCUGCUCGGAUAGGACACAAGACCGCGUCUGGACGGAGGCACAAGGCUGAGCAGAGAUAAGAGAUAUUGGCCACAAGACUAGGUGGUGAGAAGGGGUUAAAGAGUGUGCAGGCUUGGAUAAGGGAGCACAUGCUGUCCUGGACUGAAGUAAAACAACGUCACCAACAUAGAGGCACCCCCACAACCCAUGGAGGAACUUCAAAAAGUCUAAGCCAUUUGUUGCAUUUUAUGUCACUUUGCCAUUAUAUACGAGUUGGGAUAAAUUUGUGAGAAAAACGAGCCUCUGUAACAUCCUUCCUCCUAAAAGCAGAAGAAGAAACAUUGUUAGCACACCUGUUAGCGACUCCAGUACUCUUUAAGCUACACACAACACUGCUUUAGACCCACACACCGCCCUCACAUGGGAGUGACAUAGGAGCACGUCCACACCAACAUCCCAGCCUGUGUUUUUGUCUCACACCCAUACACUUCUGUAAAAUUGCACACGUGCAUCACUUACACUCGCCCAGGAUGCCUUCCUCCUCCUGCGUGAUCGGCUGGAGAAGGAAGCAGCCUUUGUGGUGACUGGAGAAGGGAGCGGGGCGGCAUCCAUGUCGUGGAAGCGGAACUACUUUGCGUCUGGCAGCAGCGGGCUGCAGAGCAUUUCAAAUCCGCGCACCAUGAACUCCAUCGCCCCCAGCAAAGGCCUGAGCAAUGAGCCGGGCCAGAACAGCUGCUUCCUCAACAGUGCACUGCAGGUACUUUGGCACCUUGACAUCUUCCGCAGAAGCUUCCGGCAACUGACCACACACAAGUGCAUGGAGGACUCGUGCAUCUUCUGCGCUCUUAAGAGCAUCUUUGCCCAGUUCCAGUACAGCAAUGAGAAGGUGCUGCCGUCAGAUGCCCUGCGCAGUGCUCUGGCUAAGACCUUCCAGGAUGAGCAGCGCUUCCAGCUGGGCAUCAUGGACGACGCUGCAGAGUGCUUUGAGAACCUGCUCAUGCGUAUCCAUUUCCACAUUUCCGACGAGACUAAAGAGGACAUCUGCACAGCCAAACACUGCAUCCCACACCAGAAGUUUGCCAUGACACUAUUCGAACAGUGUGUGUGUAACAGUUGUGGAGCCACUUCAGACCCUCUCCCCUUCAUUCAGAUGGUGCACUACAUCUCCACCACAUCUCUCUGCUGCAGUAACCAGGCCGUGCGAAUGCUUGAGUGCAGGGAGAAGCCGACCCCAGACAUGUUUGGGGAACUUCUGCGCAACGCUAGCACCAUGGGAGAUCUGCGUAACUGUCCGAGUAACUGUGGAGAAAUGCUGCGCAUUCGCCGUGUUCUGAUGAAUUCUCCUGAGAUCAUUAGCAUCGGCCUGGUGUGGGACUCGGACCACUCGGACCUGGCCGAGGAUGUAAUCCACAGCCUGGGCACAUGCUUGCGUCUGGGGGAUCUGUUCUACCGAGUGACAGAUGACCGGGCCAAGCACUCGGAGCUCUACCUGGUGGGCAUGGUGUGUUACUACGGCAAGCAUUACUCCACGUUUUUCUUCCAAACCAAGAUACGCAAGUGGAUGUACUUUGAUGAUGCCCACGUCAAAGAGAUUGGGCCCAAGUGGAAAGAUGUGGUUGCACGGUGUAUAAAGGGGCAUUACCAGCCCUUGCUGCUGCUCUAUGCCGACCCUCGCGGGACGCCUGUGGCAUCACAGGAAAUGCCCGCUGCUCAGCUGGAGAUUCACCACUGCAGCAAGGCCGGCUAUGACAGUGAAGACUCUGGGAGGGAGCCGUCCAUCUCCAGCGACACACGCACAGACUCUUCCACAGACAGUUACAGUUAUAAGCACUCACGCUCACACCACGAGUCCAUGGCCUCCCAUUUUUCCUCAGAUUCUCAGGGAACUGUGGUGUGCAAUCAGGACAGCAGCGGCUCACAUAACAGCAUGGACUCUUCAGGUGACAUCCUAAAAGAAAAGGCAGCUCCUCAAUCUCCACCCCGGCCAUCCUCCGUAGGACGACUGUCCGAUUAUAAGAAAGUGGGCACAGGUGAUGGUGGAUCUGAAGCCGGGCCGCAUGCCAGGGACUGGGAGGAUGAGAGCACCAGCAGUGAGUCCAAGUCCAGCUCCAGCGGAGGACGCUACAGGCCGUGCUGGAGGCCGAGAAGAGAAGUGCUGAACAUUGACAGCAUCUUCAGCCGUGAUAGGCAAAGGCUAGGCUCGAGCCCACUCCCUGAGGAUUCCAUCCCACAGAUGCCUAAUGAAUCCUUUCCUGGGAUGGGAGAAGAUGUCAUGGACUCCACAGAAAUGCGGGCGCUGGAUAUAGUGGGAGGCGGGUCUAAUGUAGAAAUGGGACACCUUCCACUCCCGACUGGUCUGCGCGGCAUGGCUCAGCCACCGAGGUUAAUCCAGAGGAUGGAAAGCGGCUAUGAGAGCAGUGAGAGGAACAGCAGCAGCCCCAUCAGCAUGGACAUGCCUCUAAAUGAGAACCUCAGCUCCAAUGCACCCAGGGAAGCCAGCAGUAAAAGGCAGAUGACGUCAGGGCCUUCCUGGAGAACAGUGCCAAAAUCCAAGAGCAGCAGUGCCAUCUUGCAAGACGCGCAAUCGCCCAGCUGGAGCAGCAGCCCUGUAAAUCUGGGGGAAGGCCGCAGUGAACUCGACGAGCUGCAGGAAGAGGUAGCACGCAGAGCAAGGCAACAAGAGCUCCAGAGAAAGAAGGAAAAGGAGAGAGAGGCAGCCAUGGGCUUCAAUCCCAAACCCAGCAAGUUUAUGGACCUGGAUGAACUCCAACACCAGGGGAAGGGGUGCAGUUUUAAGCGCUGCCUGGCGGAGGCGGAUGCUCUGUUAGAGCAGUCGCUGCGCCUGGAGCAGGCUGGAGACCCAGCCAUCGCCCUGGCACUCUUGCGCCACGUUGUGUCUAAACUAAGAUUUUCCAUGCAUGAGGGCAGUGCUAACACUCAUAGCAGGACUAUGGCUGCUGACGCCAAGCUGCAAAAAUGCAUGAGGAGAGCUCGAGGCCUACAACAGCGCAUUCAGCAGCAGCAGCAACAGCAAGAGCAGCCGCAGGACCCCAGCCGCCCACAGGGGCCACGCAGUGAACAGCCUGGCUCGGUCCAAAUACUGCUGACAGACAAUCAGGAGGAGGUGUGGGAAGUCAAUCAAGACGCAUCCCUUGGCCCGCUGCCUCCUGCCCAGACGAAACCACUCACCUCUAAUUCACUAAAGUCACUUACCACUCCCCACACUCCCAUACCUCAGCCACGCUCACAAGACCCUACUCAAGGAAGUGAUCAGUCACUGAAAGUCACAGAAUGGGGUGGUGUAAAACUUUCCAACAUCUUGCAGGCCUCAGGCGGGCAGAUCAGGCCCAUCCAUAAGCACCUGGCCAUCUCUCUGCCGUCUCUCCCCUUGGAAUUCUGGAGUGUUCUGGAUGAAGAUGAAGAGCUUUCCCAGCACCAGCAGCCUUUAGCUUCCUCCUCUACAUCCCCUGCUUCAUCCCUGUGGAGGGGCACUUCCGACAGCCCCUAUCCUAAUGUAGCAAACGCAUUGCCUCAGCCUGAGAAUAGUGUACAGGAACACCCCAGAGCCCCAGUAUGGCAACCCUUACGCAAUCCUCUCUUCCCUCUGUCUCCUGUGUUAUCCCGCUCCAGCCCCAGACAUACCCCUGCUCCUGUCACAGCUCGUCAUUGGUCCUCCUGGAGCCUGGAUCGCCCUGAUGCCGUGGUCACACCCCAUGAGACCCCACCAGAUCAGAGCCACCUCAUUAGACCCACUGCUUCUCUGCACUCACAUGGAUGGAGCGCUCCACCCCAUAGUCCAAUGAGCUCUAGGAACAAGAGUAUUAAAAAGUUUGCCAGCUCUCAGUUUGAGCCACCGCUGGAGGCUGAGGCUGCAGAGUAUGAGGAGAAGGAGCUUUCAGAACUGGACUCGCUGUAUCAGGCUAGUCUGCGAGCAGGCCGGCGUCUUAGCCCGGCUGCUGGGAAACCAGUGACUCCGGCAGCACGGCAGCUCCUCUCUGGGGUGGGACGCUCACAGACCCCCACGGCUGAGCUGGAGAGAACUGCAUUUGGAGCACCAGGCACUCGCAGCUCCAUUGCACACAUAGACAUGCCGGUGGAUGAUAAGCAGUAUGAUCCCGAUCACCUGCGCCGCAUCGCACGCAGUCUGAGUGGGACCGCAGUUGGACGUAGACAGGACCGUCUUGCUGUCUCACGCAGCUUUUCCUCCUGUGUGUCCAUCAGUUCAUCCUGCCUUCCAUCUUUACCAUUUGUAUUAAUUCGCUUCAGCCUGGGUCUUGUGGGAUCGCCCAAGGUAAAACUCAUUCUCAUUCUAUAGCUCCAUGAACUCUGCAAGACACAGAGGCUAUUCUCACACCGCUUUCUGAUUACUAAUGCUCAUUUCAUUGCUUUAAGUCUCGGUGUCAUGAUUCUGAUCCAGACCGUCCUGUUCUGAUUUGUGCUUCUUGAUUUUGAGUCUGUUCUUUUGUGUAUUUUUGAAGUUCAACCUUUAAAAUUGCUUUCGGUCCUUUUCUUGAUUCUCCUCCUUCUUAUCCUUCUUCUAUUCCUCCUCUUCCUCCCUUGCAGGACGUGUCCAGAGGGUCGCCAAGUUUCUGGCUGUGUCUAACCGGGGUCAAGCUCAGUCCAGUCCACCAGUGAAAUUUGACAGAGCUGUGCCACUGGUGUCCUGGGCAGUUGGUGUCCCAGGCCCAUCUAUAACACCACCUCCAUCUUUAUGAUCCCUGCAAGGAUCCCUGCACAUACAAAUAAGUAAUUGCUAGAAUGUUGUAACAGAGAUUAAUCCCAGUUACCUUAGCUUUUAACUACACUAGCCCACUGGAGCACUAACAGCUCUGGAGGGCUGGAUCCCUCUUGAAGCCCAAACUUCUAUUGUAGCUCUAGCCCCGCCUCUGUUUCUCAGACCAUGAUGGGCUCCCAUCAUUUCCUUUAUCCAUGUGGCGUGUUGCCUACUGUGUCUUCCUUAACUAUUUCCUCUCUUUAACUUUUUUCCCAUUCAGAGUGUGAUGGGCUGCUCUGCAUUUUCAGUGUUCAUGUAUAAUGGAUCUGGGUCAGCCUCCUCUUUCUGCCUUUGUCCAGCAUAGCAGUGAUUUAAAGUGUGUUAAAGAGCGUUUCCUUCCUGUCCGCAGCAUGGUGAAGGGAGGGAUAGAGCUUAUUUUCACCCUUGUUCAGUUUACUGUAUGGGUUAAUGUGAUGGACUGAGUAGCUUUGUGUGUGUGUGUGUGUGUGUGUGUGAGUGUGAGUGUGUGUGUGUGUGUUUGUGGCACUAACAGCAUGCUGUGGUACAAGAAAGGCUGUGAGCCUCGGCCCUCCCGCAGCGAGCCGUCCUACCCCGAGCACUUAACUUAAUUAAACGCACUACGUGGAGCUGCAAAGCCGAUGAGAUCCAGCAGCAUCCUGGAUAACUUUUUAAUAUCUCUGAGGUCUAUUUAGCUACUGCACAUGAUUAACAUUUGUGUGUGUGUGGGUGUGUAUAUGUGUGUGACUCUAUUAAACACUUAGAUAGGCCAAAUGUCCUCAUGAUGAUAUUAAUACAGCAUUGACGGUAUGAACAUAUUAAGAUCAUGCGGACAUUUGGUCAUCUUUUUUCAAUAUGAAUGCAGCUUUUCUUUGAAAAACAAAAAAGUGAAAAAAUAUUUCUUUUUGGAUACUGAAGUUAAGGUUAGGAUUACGUUUAGAUGUAGCAUAGCAUUAUUUAGCUAUAAUACUAUACAAGUUAAUGGAAAUAACCCACUUUUGUUUGUGUGAGAGGGGUUGGGUGAGCAAGAGUGUCGGGGAGGCCAUCCAUCUUCACUAACACCCAGUGUAACAACCCACAAUCAGCUCAAGCAAACUCCCCACAGCGUAUCCUUUCCACUGACAUUUUUGAAAGAGUUCUUUUCUUUCACUCUUGUUUUAGACUCACUUUUUGUAAGGUGAUGGACAAGUAGCUCAUAGUUUAUACUGAUUUAUUGACAUACGCACAUACUUACACACCCUGUAAAACAACGAGUAAGAGAGAAUGGAGGUUGGAGCUGUACUUGUCAGUUUUUGUUGUUGAUUUUUAUUUUGGGAGUUCUUCAUUUCUCAGCUCUGGCGCAUUGUCAGAGCACGCAUGUAUCUGUGCAGCCCUAGUGUGGAGAGCGGACGGGACUAACUCGAUCUUUUCUUCCUCUUGUAUGGGCAUUCCCUGUAGCACACUUCUGUUUUCUGUCUAAUGUUACAGGCAAAGACUGCUUCACUCUUUUGACUGAAUAUACACUAAUCAAUGAAUUUAUUGUAAAGGAAAAAAAAAUAUGAACACUAUGAAAUACUUACAAAUAAUCCAGAGGAAUGGAGAAACUCUUCUUUAUGACGUUAUGGAAUGUUAAUUCAUUUUAGUGGUUCUAGUUACUAUCUGCAUUAAGACGAGUAUAGUACACUUCAGAAGUGUAAAGCUGGAGUCAAACUGCUCUUUGAAUUCUAUUGACAGUUCUCCCAUUUGUAUAGGGAGAUAUGCCAAGUUAAGCUUACUUUAUAUUUCUUUUGUAACCUGCAUUGACACUGAAAACAUAGCUAUGAGGCUGAAACAACAUAGUCGAGCAUCUGUAGUGGGUAAAUCCGGCCUAAAGACGGGUCACAAUCAUUCCAUCUAGCUUUAGAAAACAUUUCUUUAGAUUCACUUCUAAAAACAAGUUCAAGAACGUCUGGCCCUGUUAGCUACUAAAAUGUAGCAGAAAUAACUUGAAGCCCUUAUAACUGUUUCAACAAUUUAUGAACGUUUUGCACAAAAGGUACUAUAAGGUACUUUAUGCUAUGAGCAUAUUGUAAUAAAAAGAAAUAUUUAUUGAAAUAUUGUUACAAAGUUUAAUUAACGGUCUACAGAAGUUUGGUUUCGGAGUAGUUUGACCUUGCAGCGUGUAACCCAUUGAUUAUAAUGGAGUAUUGUUACUAUAUAACUACUUUCACUUUAAAAAGUAAGCACUAAAUGCUUAACUACAGAUUGAUUCAUUUUUUUUUUUUUUUGUUUUGUAUUUCAUUCAGAAUUUAUUUAAGUGUUUCUCAACCAAAGAUUGGCACUAUUACAAAGCUCGCCCAUGUUACAAAUUUUUUAAUCCACCUUUUUUUCACCUAAAGGGUGUUUGAGAAUGUAGCAGAGGUGGUGCACGAGUAUGCUAUGCAACAAAUCGCACUCUCCUGAACAACCAGCAUAGAGUCAGACUGGGACAAAGCCGUGUGUGUGCGUCUGUGUAUGUGUGUGUGUGUGUGUCGAAGAAAGAGAGAGACAGAGAGAGAGAGAGAGAGAGAGAGAGAGAGAGAGAGAGAGAGAGAGUGUGUGCGUGCGUGUGUGUUUGUGUGAGAGAGAGAGUGUGUGUGUGUGUGUGUGUGUGUGUGUGUGUGUGUGUGUGUGUGUGUGUGUGUGUGUGUGUGUGUGUGUGUGUGUGUUCCUCCAGACCUCCCUGGUUUUUCCUUUAACUAAGGAUGAAAGUGAUUUCUUGCCGAAUCGUUAAAUAUGUACAUAUUAAUGUCUGUAUGAAUAUCAGCCUUUGAAUGCCAGCUGUAGCCAGAGAGAGAUGGAUUUUUUGAAGAUGAAAAAUCAUUUCAAUGGUUUUUCCUGUUUGGGACUCAUUUGUAAAUGCUUGGGGCUGAGGGAACUUGUAUUUUUGCAAUAAAGUUAUUACCAAUGCACUCCAGCAAGGGUGCUGCACAAC